UCUUGUUCGUUGCCUAAUUAUUUGUGUGUUCGGUGUGAAAGAGCCAAGUGUUACGAAAAGCGAGAUAGAGAAAGAGGAAGAGAGAAAAGUUAUAUUUGUUUGUUUGCUCGCGCUCGUCGCACGAGUCAUGGGUGAUGUGUACAGGCUAGUUAGUGACCUGCUCGUGGAGGAUACACCCGCGGACAGAAGAAAAAUCGACCUGACUACACCAUUCGCCGGAAUGAAUCACCAACGCGACUCAUCGGAGCACCGUUCGCCGGCCAAUUCGCGACUAUUCCCGACACCGAUGCCCGCAUCCAGCAAAGUAAAUACAGAGAGUCGAACCGAGGCAACAGGGAUGAAAGGAUUUCUUCGACUGUGUCGAGAAAGG